CCUCCAGCUCCCGUCUUGUUUUCCGUGUAGCGUGAAGAGGGAAACGUUUUAAAACAGUGUGUCAAAAAGCUCUGACCGCUGAAGGUGAUAUAGCCUCUGUUCACCGCUCACGGCGUCGGACUCUAGGGAUGCUACCGAACAACCUUAACACUGGCCCGAGAGUGGCGAGAUACUUGAUUUUCCUCUCGUUUUUUCACUACAACCUUGUUACUGGCAGCUCCAAGAAAGACUUGCAGAGCGAUGAUGCUAUGAAUGUCGCCUCCAACAGCCAACUAGAUCUCCGGCAGAUAGUGUUUGUCAUCCAGAGCCAGAGUAACUCCUUCCAUGUCCAGCGGGCCGAGCGGCUCAGAGCCAGUCUGCUGCAGCAGGCAACGGACCUCACAGAGAAUCCACCUGUGGUGCUGUUCCUUCACAGUCUGUCAGAUAAUGAGGGUGACUGGAGCAUUCUGCCAAUGCUGCCUCACUUUUCCCAAACCUUUGGUAAAAACUCUUCCUGGCUGGUGUUCCUGGAGGAGGACACCAACGUGAAGGUGGGAGAGCUCCUGGGAGUGCUGGCAAAGUUCGACGGCACCAAAGAGUGGUUCCUGGGGAAGCCCCUCCACGACGAGGAGUCCACCAUCAUCCAUCACUAUGCCUUCGCCGAGAACCCCCCGCAGUUUAAAUACCCCGACUUCAGCGCCGGCUGGGCUCUGAGCGUGCCACUCGUUCAGAGACUCGCAGACAGGAUCCGAGAUGAGCCGUUGAAGUCUGACUUCACCAUCGACUUGAAGCACGAGGUGGCCUUGUACAUCUGGAACCAGGGCCAGGGUCUCCGGCUCACCGCCGUGCCCGAGCUGUGCACCGAGCUGCAGGACUCCCCCCGGGCGCCCCACUGCGCCACCACGCUCAGCGCCCCCGCCCCGGCAUGUGGAGAGGCCGUGGGUAAGGAAGACGUAUUCGUGGCCGUCAAAACCUGUCAGAAGUUUCACACUGAGAGAGUCCCGGUGGUGAAGGAGACCUGGGAGCAGGAGGCGUCCCUGCUGGAGUACUACAGCGACUACGCAGACCCCUCCAUACCCACCAUCAACCUCGGGGUGCCCAACACCGAGCGAGGCCACUGUGGGAAAACCUUCGCCAUCCUCAAACAGUUUGCGAGCGGCGCCGUCCCGGAGACCAAGUGGCUGAUCAUCGUUGACGACGACACCCUCAUCAGCCUCCCCCGACUGCGGGCGCUGCUGGGCUGCUACGACGCGUCGGAGCCGGUGUGUCUGGGCGAGCGCUACGGCUACGGCCUCAGCCAGGGCGGCUACAGCUACAUCACCGGCGGUGGAGGCAUGGUGUUCAGCAGGGAGGCGGUGCUCCAGCUGCUGCAGAGCGGCUGUAAGUGCUACAGCGACGACGCCCCGGACGACAUGGUGCUGGGCAUGUGCUUCAACGCCCUGGGACUGGCCGUCACACACAGCCCCCUCUUCCACCAGGCCCGGCCGGAGGACUACGCGCGGGACUACCUGUCCCACCAGGUGCCCAUCUCCUUCCAUAAACACUGGAACAUCGACCCGGUGGCGGUGUUCAACAGCUGGCUGAGGGAGGGGGCCCCGACCACAGCCCCCCAUCAGCCGGACAAGACCCCCAAGACGGAACUGUAGAACCUGGAGCCUCCCUCUCUCAUGUUCUGUCUCUGUCUCUGUCUCUGUCUCUGUCUCUCAUGUUCUGUCUCUGUCUCUCUGUCUCUGUCUCUGUCUCUGUCUUUGUCUCUGUCUCUGUCUCUCUGUCUCUCUGUCUCUGACUCUGUCUCCCUCUCUCACUCUUGUUCUGUAUCUUCUUCCCUCUCUCGCCCGUCCUUGGUCUCUCUGUCGCCCUCGUUUCAAUAGUAUUCUUCCUCUUCUCUCUAUCUCCUCUCACAUACACACACAUACACACCCACACAGCUCUUUUGCUCAUUCUGUCUCACUUAUAUUCUGUCUCACUCUUCUCUCGGUCGCUCUCUCACAGACUCUCUCUCUCUGUCUGUGUGUGUGUGUGUGUGUGUGUAUGUGUGUGUUUGUGUGCGUGUGUGUGUGUGUGUGUUUGUGUGACUCUCGCUGUCUCUUUCUUUGUGUGGGCAUGUUUAUUUCUUCAGCCAGUGUUUUGCGAACUAAUGAUAUGAUAUUGAAUGGAAUUAUUGUUGAUAUGAGUGAAUUUGUCUGAGUGCAUCCAUGUUUUUUAUGUAAAUUCAUGUAAAUUUAAACAAAUAUAUUUUCAGAAGGACCGCCCAAUUACUGUGUACAUGGCUGAACACUUCUGUUGACUGAGGUUUUUACUUGAGUUCCAUGUAGGGGUAAGUUGUACGUGUGAAUGUAUGUGUAUAUUUAUAUUGUGUUUAUUAUUAUUGUUGUGUAUUAUUCUAAUUUUGUGAGCCAAAGGUCUCUCAAGAGUGCCCCCAUUGCUGUACAGUUUUCUCUAUUUUGGCAUAAAAUAUCGACACAUAA